UCUGAGCUUAACGGUCUAGAUGGCGAAAAGCCAAAGUUCAAGAGCGAUUGACGAUGCUCUUCUCGAUGCUGUUGUGCAAAAGGACGUAGAAAAGGCCUCCGAAGCAAUCGCGAAGAGCGCUGACGUCAAUGUUGUAGCAAGAGAUUUGGGAAGGUAUGGUACUCGAUUGGGUGGUUAUCCAUCUGCUCUUCAAGUAGCGUGUGGUGUGGGAUCAACCGAUAUGGUUGAUGUACUUAUAAGAAAAGAAGCCGAUGUGAAGUAUCAAGAGAAGGGGGGGGGAUUAACAGCUCUACACUAUGCAAGUGAUGGUGGUCAUGUGUCUAUUAUGAAGAGAUUAGUAGCUGCUGAUUGCAACAAACAAGUAAAAAGCAAUGAUGGAUGGACAGCUCUACACGUUGCUGGUAAUGUUGAUGUUGUUGAUUAUCUGUUGAGUAUUGGUCUCAACCUUGAAGAUUGUGAUGCGGCUGGCUACACACCAUUUCUCAGGGCAUGUCGUUAUGGUCGUUUACCUGCAGUUCAACGUCUCAUCAAAUCAAAGUGCAACAAAGCAGCAACAAGUAAUGAUGGAUCAACAGCAUUACAUCUGAUCUGUUCAUGGUAUGGUGUUACGAAUGACCAUUUAUCAAUUGUCAAGCUGUUGACAUCAUUGAGAGUUGAUGUGUCAGCUAAGAACAAUGCUGGCAAAACUGCAAUUCAAGUAGGAGAAGAAAGGCUGCAGUCAGAUCAGGGCAGUCGCAAAGAAACUCGUUCUGCUAUCCUUUCCCAUUUGAAGGAAUUCAUCGAGGAAAGUGCUGUUGCAGCUGUAAAUCCAUCACCAGAUGUUGUAGAAAGUGCAAACAUUGAUGUUCAACUUCCCACUUCAACUCCUUCUGUUGUUGACCGUUUGGGUCCUGAAGGAAAAGCUCUUUUUGAUCAAGCAUGCAAAAAAGGCAAAGUGCCAGGCAACACGGUGUUGAUUGACAGUAUGGGAGAGGAAGAUGCUGGAAAGUCAUGCCUUGAAGCUUCAAUGACAGACAAACCAUUUGUUGAAGGUCAGGAGAGUACGAAGGGAGUAAAGGUGAAGAUGAUGAUCUCACAAGCAGUUGGACACGGCACGGACUGGAAGGAAUUGAAAAGUGAAGAGGAGAGACAAGCGCAUCUCAGCAAGCUGUUUGCAAGAGAAUUUGUUGUUCAUGACAAGGAACAACAGUCCAGCACAGCAAAGCCAGACGAGCAAGAGCAAAGCCCACAAGCAAGUUCUACAGAAUCUGAUUUGAAGGCAAACGUGAACGUGCAAGCAAGCGGUUGA